CGCGGGCGCCGCGGCGCUCGCCGCGUCGAGGCGCGACCCGGGGCUCGCCGGCUCGCCGCCGGCGACCUCCGGCGACGGCGCGGGCCGCUUGGGCUUGUUUUUCUUACCCGUCUUGCUGGGACGGGCGGCGCGAGCAGCGGCUGUUUCCAGCUACUGCUUCGCUCCCUUGCGCAGCUCCUACCGCAGCCGGAGAACUGGUGACGAAAUGUGCUACGCGUGGUAAGAGCGGUAACAGUGCUUCAGCCACGUAACCCUAGGUUAUAGCCGACUACACGCGCAUCCACGCUGUAUUUUUUGCCAACAGCUUUGGCGUCGGCAUCGAUUUUUCCGCCUCCGUUUUUCGCCACGUGUCCUUGCCAUUGUUCGCCUCGACGGAUGCCAGCGGAGCAACCGGGAAACGGGACUGAUCGAAAACGUGCGGGUGACAGCGAGCAAUUUCAGUGAGUGAUUGUGUUUGCGACGCAAACGCACAGUGUGUAGCAGCGCCAACACAUUCAAGCGUUCGAGGGUGUACUUCCACUAUGGCUGCGGCACCAUGCAAGCCGGCGCCGCCGCUCGCGCCUUGCAGUCGCCAUACAAGCCAUGGUUGUGUCUGCAGCCAUCGCCGCCGCCCAAACGCGGCCGCCGCGGCCCGCAAGCAACAGCAAGCCGAACAGCCACACGACCGCAUCCCCCCACCGCAGGCCAUUUCUUCGCUACGUCGAUAGCGAUCGAGGAGAGGAGGUACUACCCGUACCGCUUUACUCUCCCCCAAAACAACCAUGUCCAAGCUUAAUAAAGAUCUGGUCGAGGGCGCCAUCGACAAGAUCUUAGCCUACUCGUCGGGCGAGACGAUCCAGCACGACGGCGCCGACGUCAAGGGCAAGAAGCGCAAAUUUGUCGAAACGAUUGAUUUGCAGAUCGCACUCAAGAACUACGACCCCCAGCGCGACAAGCGCUUCUCCGGGACGUUCAAGCUGCCCGUCGUGCCGCGCCCGAACCUCAAGUGCUGCAUCAUCGGCAACGCGGUCCACUGCGAAGAGGCCGAGCGCAUUGGUGUGGACAAGAUGAGUGUUGAUGAUUUGAAGAAGUUCAACAAAAAUAAGAAGGUCAUCAAGAAGUUCGCCAAGAAGUUCGACGCGUUCCUGGCGUCGGACACGCUCAUCAAGCAGAUCCCGAGACUGUUGGGCCCCGGCCUCACGAAGGCGGGCAAGUUCCCGACCCUAAUUGAAGGUGGCGCGGACCUCACGGAAAAAAUUGAUGGUGUUAGAGCCACCAUCAAGUUCCAGAUGAAGAAGGUCAUGUGCCUGAACGUCGCCGUCGGCAACGUGUCCAUGGAGAAGGCGCAGAUCGUGACGAACGUGACCCUGGCGUCGAACUUCCUCGCGUCGCUGCUCAAGAAGAACUGGCAGAACAUCAAGGUGCUCUACGUCAAGUCGACGAUGGGCCCGCCGCAGCAGAUCUUCUUCUAGGCGCGGUUGCCUAACCUGAGGGUAUUCUCA